CCGUAGCCCGCAGCUUUGAGCAAUAUUGGGGUUCGCAUUUGGAAUUUUCCCAAAAAUGCUCUCUAAUUUUCUUCUCCUGCUCUUCUUGCUCGCCCAUAACCUCUACCUCUCAGCUGCUUCCUUCAUUGGCUACCCAGUAUGGAACUCUGCGGGAGAACUCUCUUGCGAUGAUUCCAUAGUAGAGUGCGGAGGGAAGGAUAUGAAGGACUUCUAUCCUUUCAUGCGAGUUGACCCUCUCAACGGAUCUUGUUAUCCUCAAAUCACUUGUUCACAAAAUCACGUUGUUAUGAAGAUCGGCUCGCUUGACUAUCGGAUCAAUAACAUCGAUUACGAGAACCAAACUCUUGUGUUGGCCAGUGCUGAUUCUUUCUUGCCCUACGACCCAUAUUUAUGCGGUUCUUCCUCAAGGAUUACUUACUCUCAGGAUGUUGAGCCUUUUUUCAGCUAUACCGAGCAUAAUCAACUGGUUUUGCUGCUCGACAAUUGCUCAUUUGAUCGGCAGCUGGUCUUUGAUGGUGCCCAUCAGGUGCAUUGCUCCAACGAUAGUGCUAGCCAAUAUUAUUACACUGCGGUUGAUCGCGGUCUCUUCGGGUCAGAAUGCGCAUCGGUUAGCUACGCUGUUGUGAAUCAGAUGAGUUUGGACCUACGGAUCAACAGGGAGGAAGAUGGUGAGGGAUGGCUUCUGGAGGCCCUGAAGCAGGGAUUUGAGGUGACAUGGACGGCACGAGAAAGAAUGGGAUGCGACGCGUGCGUCCAAUCUGGUGGACUAUGUAGGAAUUACUCGUUCCUGGAUGACAUGGUCUUCUGUCAUUGCCUGAAUGGCUUUACUUAUCUUCACAUUUGUCCGGUUCAAAGCGGGCAUGAUGUUACAAGGUAUCAUGACGUAGGGAAUGGGACCAAAAUUCCAGCUAAACAAAUCAUAGUAGGUGGAGUUUUGACUGCAGGAAUUUUCCUAUUUGUAUUCCUCCUGCUUUAUUUCUAUUGCUCGGGAAAAUUGAACAUUUCAAUCUUAUGUGGGAAGAAUGGGUCAAGAAAAGAUCCAAAGCUAGAAGCCUUCUUGGAGAAUUUCGGGCACUUGGCCCCAACAAGAUAUAGCUACUCCGAUGUCGAGAAGAUGACCACUUCCUUCAGUCAAAGAAUAGGUCAAGGUGGUUAUGGUGGUGUAUACAAAGGGCAGCUUGAUAAUGGUUGUCUAGUGGCAGUAAAGGUCUUAAAUAGUUCUAAAGGCAAUGAUAGGGAAUUUUUUAGUGAAGUUAUCAGCAUUGGUUGCACUUACCAUAUCAAUAUUGUGAGCUUAGUAGGAUUUUGUUUAGAAGGGACCAUCAGAAUUCUUAUAUAUGAGUUCAUGGCCAACGGAUCACUUGAAAAGUUCAUUUACACUGAGAAAGGAACAAGACCAAGUCUUAAAUGGGAGAAGCUAUUGGAGAUUGCAAUUGGCAUUGCACGAGGCUUAGAGUAUCUUCACCAUGGCUGCAACAUCGGAAUUUUACAUUUUGAUAUUAAGCCACACAAUAUACUAUUAGACAAAGAUUUUCAUCCAAAAAUAUCUGAUUUUGGGCUAGCUAAAUUGUGCCGCUCGGCGGACAGCAUCAUAUCAAUGGUCAGAGCUCGAGGGACUGUAGGGUACAUUGCACCUGAGAUUUUCUCGAAGAAUUUUAGAGGGGCCUCUAGCAAAUCCGAUGUUUAUAGUUAUGGUAUGGUGGUGCUCGAAAUGGUUGGGGGAAGGAGAAAUGUUGAGAUUCAAGUGGACAACACCAGCGAGAUCUACUUCCCACAUUGGAUUUACAAGCAUCUUAACUUGGAUGAAAAUUUGAAAACUUUCCGGGCCAUAACCAAAGUGGAAGAAGAGAUUUCCAAAAGGAUGAUUCUUGUUGGUUUAUGGUGCAUCCAGACUAAGCCAACAGAUCGACCGUCGAUGACUAAGGUUCUAGAUAUGUUAGAAGGAAGGAUUAUAGACUUGCAAAUUCCGCCCAUGCCCGUUCUAUUUUCCCCCUCAAGAUGAGUGAAGCAUUCUGAGACGAAUCCUUCUCUUAAUAGGAUAGAAGGAAGGAUUAGUAGUCGGUUGUUAGAAUGGACUUGAAAUAUUUGAAUGUAUAAUAGGUAUUGUGGCCGAAGUGUUGUGGGCAUCCACUUAUUUCCUAUGUCAGACAAAGAUUUAGAGAUGUGGUUCUAAAGGUCUAAUAAAUGUUUGAACCUUCAGCAGAUUUAUA